AUGCGUCAAGGGCGAUACAGAUCCUUAGUGCGACGCAUAUAUGCACUGAGGCGUUCUCGGCCCACACUUGUGGACCUGGAGACAGUGCAGUCCCCUAUUCUUCGGAAUAUUAUAGGCUUUUCAGCGUUGGAUCGGAAGGCGUUUCCUGACAGAAGAAAGAAGGCCCAUCCUAUCACAAUCAAGCAUAACCCGCGAGUGGAGGCCUGGGCCGACAUACUACUUCAUGGUGUAGAAUCCGAUAAGGGAGACAAAGUGCUGCAGAAUUGGGCGGCGUUUGCCGAAGAAGAUCGUAAUACCUGGUGGGACCACCUGCUUUUCUACUUUCUGGCCAAACGGCCAGAUAUGGCAUUGCCCUUUGUUUACGCCCUUGCACAUGGGCCAGAAAUUACGACCAUGCGGCCCGAGUUUCUAGCCGACGCUCUGGAGCAUAUUGCAAGGCUUUGUCUUAUUGGUGCGAAGCGACCACACGCCCCGGAGGCCACAGACUUCGUACCUAUUUUCUCUUCCGUAUUCCGCAAGACCUUAGCGAGAUACCCUUCUAUCUGUUCGCAAAAUCUGCUUUGGACCCUUUCCCGUAUAUCAACGCCCGACGAUCUGGAGCAUGUCUUCAACUUGCUUAUAGAAAGUAAAGCUUACAUGGGAUUUGAUACCGUUCUUCACUUUGCGAAUGCUUUCAGCGCGUCCGGCAAUGCUCAGCACGCCCUCCGCUGUCUUCAUAGGAUCACGGAAGUUGCGUCGAGCAAGUCGGCUUGGGCAACAAUGGUCAACCGACGAAGGUUCAAGUGGAGCUGUGCUCUACUCCUUCGUAAAAGCGUUCGCAAUGGCAAAAACUAUCAUCUAACGAAUGACAUAGUUGCGAAAUUUCCCGACCUCGGCGUUAAAUUUGAUAUCACGUUGUACAAUGUCAUUAUGCACAACGCUAUGGAAGCCGGGGACUAUAAGACCGCGUUCCAGGUAUACAGCCUUCUUGGUGAAAAUGGGGUAGAGCCUGACAAAUACACGUACUCGAUCCUCCUCCACGGAUGUACUAUGACGAAACUAGCCAUGUUUGACGACUUUGCAGAGCACUGUGCAAAGGUUGCAGUCGAGUUGAAAGAUCCAUGGCUAGCUACCGAAUACCUCUUCUAUCUCUAUAUUCGACGUCAGGAGAUGGCCCCCGAACAGGCCCAAACGGCAGCUACCGUAGGUGGCGAGGCUGAUGCGGCCAGAAUGUCCCCUCCUCCCGCUGCACUGUUUAUAAUGCUCCAGGGAAAGAUCAAAAGCGCCUUUGGAUCCGGCCACACCCACGUCGCGAAACUUUAUCUCUACUUUGUCCGCCUCAUCAAGGAUCAAAAUCACCCCCUUCUGAAUGAGCUUGCCAAAGAACCGAUCAUAUGGAAUGCCUUUCUGGUCGCCUUCUGUCGGCAACAGCAAUUUCAUCAGGCCUCUGAUCUGAUCAAGACCAUGACGGAUAGCAAAGAUGAUUCCAUCCCACAGCCAAACGUCUACACUUGGAAUAUUUUCAUGCGAGCUUUCUUUCAAACCAAGCAAGUCCGGGCUGCCGAACGUGUUUUCGAUAUCAUGAAGAGCCGUGGGAUCGAGCCUAAUCAGGACACGUAUGAAGUUCUGGUCAAGGGAUAUGCAAAAGCGCAGCACAUUGAGAAGAUAGGGGAGUUCAUGGGACAUGUCUCCGAAGAGAAGCAACUUGAUCCUAAGUUGUUGCGGACUUUGAUGAAUAUCCAUGAUAGGGAGAGGCUGAUGCGUGCGUUGGAUGAGUCGAGGAUGGCCAAGGAGAGAGAAGAGAAGCAGAAACGGGAAGCGGAGAAGUUGGAAAGGGAACGGCGCUGGAACCUUCCACAACUGGGAUCGCUCCUUUCUGGAACCCGGCUAGCUCUGCCGAAGGCGUCUUCAAAAGCUACUUCAAAGGUCAAAGCACCCAAGGACGACGAUUCUGCUCCGCCAGUGCGGCGGGUGGCAGAGGGUUGA